AUGGGAAUGCCUUUUCUCACUUGCCUCAACUACCGUGUCUGCCUCAGAGGAGACGACAUCCCUCUUAUUUCUGCGCUGAAGAUAUUUUCCGAUCAAAGCUCCUCUGAGCACUGCACUGCCACCGCGCCCACGCCCACAGCUGUCGAAGCAAUGCCAAUGGUAGCGGACACAGGGCGAGACUCGGAAGAGGACCAGAGACAGCACAGGAGUCCGAUGAACACACAAGGAUUCAUGAUGUUCUUGCACCCCGCACCAAGAGAGGCACCAUGUCAAGGCAAGAAGUUUUUAGGCAUCAGUUCCAUACUACUGCUUCUAACGAACACUAAAAGGAACAACAGCAUCAUGAACUCCCGCGUAUUCUUGGGUCUCCUCCUGUGCGGUCUCUGGGCCUCAUCUGAGUCUGUCGUCCUCUUGGGAACCACCGCCACCCUCGGCACUGUCGCCGCCACCACAGUUACCGCCUCUGCGGCGACCGCUUUAGGCGUGGGCGCGCUGGCGGUGCUGAAGGGAGCUCUUAUCGGGAAGCAUCUUGCGCGCAGAAACAAGAGGGAUGUCGACUCUGAGGCUGACGAGGCAGUGGAGGUUGCCGUGGCCCAGCAGAUGGAUUCAGCUGGCUGCGUGGCCAAGCUCUUGUGCGAAAUCGAGGCCAUGUCCGCUGACCAGCUGACUCCUGCCAUGACCUCCUUCAAAACUGCUUUCGAGAACAACGAGAAGCUCAAGAGCGCCCGAGGCGUGUACGAUCUGGCCAUCAGCUUCGGCUCCAAGUUCGCCAAGAAGGACUCGAAGGCCUGCAGCGCCCUCUUCGAGAAGUGCGUCCUGUCCAGGGAGGACCUCUCCUUCAUGCUGGAUUCCGUCUUCACUUGCUAGUCAUAAGAUUACCUGCAGAAGCAGGUAAAUUCCCAUUUAACAAAAAGAAAUAAAUUUGGUUCCCGGCAAAAUUGCUGGUAUUUACCAUGUUUGUUGACUGCGGAGGCGUUACUUUAACGCAUUAUGUUUCAUUAUCAUUAUGUUUUAGUAUUAAAGGA